UGGCUGCGUUGACGUCAGCGCCGUGUUGAUUUGCUAAGGCGAGAGAAGAAAGGAGUUAGUGCGUGUUGAGAGAGCGGGUACUGCGAACUGCCUUACUAUGCUGUAGCCCCACUCCCCCUACACUAUACGGAAUCAAAACGUGCAACUUAGGUUUCGUCUUGUUUACAAAGAUAGCUAAAAACACUGCUGAGCGGGGAAGGCGAGCCUCAUGAGUCGGCCUCGUGGAUUGCAUCGACAUAAUGGAUUUAACUAAAAUGGGUAUGAUCCAGCUCCAGAACCCCAACCACCCCACUGCCCUGCUGCAGAAGGCCAACCAGAUGCGUCUGGCCGGGACUCUGUGUGACGUGGUCAUCAUGGUAGACAGCCAGGAGUUCCAUGCUCACCGGACUGUGCUAGCCUGCACAAGCAAAAUGUUUGAGAUCCUCUUCCAUCGCAGCAGCCAGCAUUACACCCUGGACUUUCUUUCACCAAAGACUUUUCAGCAGAUUUUGGAGUAUGCUUACACUGCCACACUCCAGGCCAAGGUGGAGGACUUAGAUGACCUUCUGUAUGCAGCAGAGAUCCUGGAGAUUGAAUACUUGGAAGAGCAAUGCCUCAAGAUCCUGGAAACCAUCCAGUCCUCGGAUGAGAAUGAUGUGGAGGUCAAUGCUAAUGACGGCAGCACAGAGGAGGAUGAUGAGCGCAAAGGUCACAAUGGAGCCAAGAACUCCAAAAAGCAUUCCAUGGAGAGUCCCUAUCUGUCAGGUACCCAGCAAGUCUCCAUCAUGGCUGGUAUGGUGGACCAGAGUCCCUCGGUUUCCACCUCUUUCGGUGUCUCCACCCUGAGUCCCACCAAAACUGCUGUGGACAGCCUGAUGAGCAUCGGCCAGUCUCUGCUCCAGCAGGGCUUUGGGGGCGAACAACUUGUUCACGGCAACUCCCACCACCUGAUGACAGAGAUCAAGACUGAAAUGAUGCAAGUGGACAUGGGUGGCAACGGCCAUGAUAGCCCUCCCAACAUGGAGUCCAGUGCCUCCAGCAAUGGCGAGCGAAGUGGGGAGGACAGAAACCGAGACGGUCCAGGAACACCAACCAGGAGCAGCGUAAUCACCAGUGCCCGAGAGCUACAUUACGUCCGCGACGAAGGCAUGGGCGACCCACAAGCUGAAGUCAGCCAGAUGGGGCUGGAAGCAAUGGCCGGGAUGACGGAGAAACAUCUGGCCUCGCUGUACUCCCUACCCGUCAAUCACAAAUCAGAUGCCAUCAUGUCCAUGCCGGCAUCCAUGGCCUCCGCUCUCCCCAUGUCCCCGGCCCUGGCUAUGUCUAUGGACUUCAGUGCCUACGGUGGACUCCUGCCUCAGAGCUUCAUCCAGAGAGAAUUCUUCAGCAAGCUCGGGGAGCUGGCAGUGGGCAUGAAACCAGAUGGCAGGAACCAGCAUGAACGUUGCAAUGUUUGCGGUGCAGAACUACCAGAUAACGAAGCUGUGGAGCAGCACAGGAAGAUGCACAGUGGAAUGAAGACCUACGGCUGUGAGCUGUGCGGGAAGAGCUUCCUGGACAGCCUCCGUCUGCGGAUGCAUUUGCUGUCUCAUUCAGCUGGUGAGAAGGCCAUAGUCUGUGACCAGUGUGGUGCCCAGUUCCAGACAGAGGAAUCCCUGGAGGCUCACCGGCAGAUCCACACCGGGUCGGACAUGGCCAUCUUUUGCCUGCUUUGUGGAAAGCGUUUCCAGACCCAGACGGCAUUGCAGCAGCACAUGGAAGUCCACGCCGGCGUUCGCAGCUACAUUUGCAGUGAAUGCAACCGGACUUUCCCCAGCCAUACUGCACUCAAACGUCACCUACGCUCACACACAGCAGGGGACCACCCAUACGAGUGUGAGUUCUGCGGGAGCUGCUUUCGAGAUGAGAGCACGCUGAAGGGCCACAAACGCAUCCACACAGGGGAGAAGCCCUAUGAAUGUAACGGCUGUGGGAAGAAGUUCAGCCUCAAGCACCAGCUGGAAACCCACUACCGUGUGCACACAGGUGAGAAGCCAUUCGAGUGCAAGCUGUGCCACCAGCGAUCCAGGGACUACUCGGCCAUGAUCAAGCACCUGCGCACCCACAACGGCGCCUCACCCUACCAAUGCACCAUCUGCCUGGAGUACUGCCCCAGCCUGUCAGCCAUGCAGAAGCACAUGAAAGGCCACAAGCCCGAAGACAUCCCGCCAGACUGGCGCAUAGAGAAGACCUACCUGUACCUCUGCUAUGUCUGAGGCCAGGAGAGCGAAUGAAGAGAGGGGAGGGUACG